AUGUCUGAACAAGACCCCGCGGUCCAAGCGGCGGGCAGCGCCGUCGCUAAUCUUCACCUCGAUGAAGCCACUGGUGAACGCGUUUCUAAAUCCGAAUUAAAGAAGCGCCAGAAGCAACGCGAACAAGAAAGAAAAAAGGCUGAAAAGGCCGCGGCUGCAGCCGCGGCCGGUGCUGGUGCUGGUUCAGCAGGAAAGAAAAAGAGUGCAGAGGAAGAGGAAUCACAACUGACUCCAAAUCAAUACUUUGAAAUUCGCAGUGGAAAAAUCAACCAGCUCCGCCAAACCAAGAAUCCCAAUCCCUACCCCCAUAAAUUCCAGGUCACCGAUGACCUUCGCGAAUUUCUUAAGGAACAUCAAUCCCUCCAGAAGGGCGAGCAACUGCGCGACAAAAAGGUUCAAAUUGCUGGAAGAAUUUACACUAAGCGUGCCGCGGGUGCUAAGUUGAUCUUUUAUGAUAUUCGAGCCGAGGGCAUGAAGGUCCAAGUAGCAUGUCAAGCCCAGGAAGCAACAGGAGGCAUCCCGUUUGAAGAUCAGCACGACAAUUUGAGGAGAGGUGAUAUCAUUGGUAUCAUUGGCUUCCCAGGUCGCACGUCACCAAAGACUCGUGACGACGGCGAAUUGUCUAUCUUCGCUCAAGAAGUCAUACUCUUGACUCCGUGCUUGCACCAGAUUCCUUCGGAACACUAUGGAUUCCGAGAUCAGGAGCAAAGAUAUAGACAGCGCUACCUGGAUUUGAUCAUGAACGAUAAGUCUAGAAAUGUCUUCAUUACAAGGUCUAAGAUGAUUAGCUAUAUCCGCCGGUUCUUCGAUGAAAGAGAUUUUGUUGAGGUCGAGACUCCUAUGAUGAACGCUAUUGCAGGCGGCGCUACCGCGAAGCCAUUCGUUACCCAUCACAACGAGCUAAACAUGAAUCUUUUCAUGCGCGUAGCCCCAGAGCUCUAUCUCAAAAUGUUGAUCGUUGGCGGAUUGGAACGUGUUUACGAGCUGGGUCGUCAAUUUCGAAACGAAGGCAUCGAUCUUACCCAUAACCCUGAAUUCACGACAUGCGAAUUUUACUGGGCGUACGCGGAUGUUUACGAUCUUAUGAAUGUUACUGAAGAACUAGUCUCUGGUCUUGUCAAACAUAUUACUGGAGAAUAUGAGACUGUUUUUCACACACAAACUGGAGAAGAGUAUAAGGUAAAUUGGAAGGCUCCCUGGAAACGCAUUGAGAUGAUCCCUGCUCUGGAAGAAGCCACUGGCGAAAAGUUCCCGCCUGGAGACCAGCUCCAUACUCAAGAAACAAACGAAUGGCUCAAGAAACUUAUCAAGAAAGUUAAUGUUGAAUGUUCUCCCCCACAAACCAACGCCCGUAUGUUGGAUAAAUUGGUUGGUGAAUUUAUCGAGGAAAAAUGCAUCAACCCCACUUUUAUUACAGGCCAUCCCCAAAUGAUGUCUCCACUUGCUAAAUACCACCGUGACCAUGUCGGGCUUUGCGAACGAUUUGAAGCAUUCGUAUGCAAGAAGGAAAUUGUGAAUGCAUACACCGAGUUAAAUGACCCCUUUGACCAACGACUGCGAUUUGAAGAGCAGGCUAGACAAAAGGAUCAGGGUGACGACGAAGCACAACUCAUUGACGAGAACUUUUGUACUAGCUUAGAAUAUGGCUUACCACCGACUGGAGGAUGGGGCUUGGGUAUUGAUCGUCUUGUUAUGUUCCUGACAAACAACUAUAGUAUUAAGGAAGUCCUCGCUUUCCCAUUCAUGAAGGAAGAUAAGGUAGCUUCGCAAAAGGAGCAUUUUGCUGCGGAGGUUGUUGGUAUUCAACCAAGUCCAGAAGAAGGGAUUCCCCACAAAUGA